GGGGUGACUCACGGCGUGAACCAGGGCACACCGCUCCACCUUGCCGCGCUGUGGCCAGAAAGUGGGAUGAGAACUGGUUUGGGGAGGCGCCGCGAGGUAUCAUCCAUCCAUCCUGGAAUUCUUGUCUUCUUAAACAAUUGCACUUAAAAUAUUUCAUCAUGGAAGAGGGGAAGACAAAAUUAACUGCGCGUUGACUCUGAGCCCGGGAAUUGCUCAGUUGAGGCUUGGUGGCCUGCCAGCCUCCCGGGGGCUGCUUUUAAUUUGUGCAAAUGGGAAUUGCAUCAACGGCAUGAAUUGCAGGUUGCUCCUGCUGCUAAUGGAGAGGUGUGGGCGCAGUUGGCCGUGCCGCGCGCCGUGCCGUCACCGGCUGCGCACCGGGAUGUGCUGAGCUGGGGGAAGCUGCCGCCCGUGCCCCUCGCGCUCUGCCCCGCCGGGCUGUCCCAAACCCUCUGGGAAACACGGGUCUGUCGCAGCAGAGCAGAGGCAUCGCCUGGCUCCCUUCCCCUGCGCUCAGGCCGGCGCUGCCCGGGAUGGCGCCGCGGCGGGGCUGAGCGGGCCGGGCCGGGCCGCGAUGGACGGCCAGAGCGGGGGCUGCCCGCCCGCCGCCCCGUCGCGGCCGAAGCCGCCGCUGAGCAUCGUCUUCUCGACGGCGCUGUUCUGCGGGGAGGGCGCGGCGGCCGCGGCGCUCUGCUUCUCCUACGGCCACUCCGACGACCGCUUCUGGCUGGCGCUCACCGUCUUCUUCGUGCUCUGCCCCUCCGUGCUGGUGCAGCUCACCCUCAUCUUCGUGCACCGCGACCUCAGCCGCGACCGCCCCCUCGUCCUGCUCAUGCACCUGCUCCAGCUCGGGCCGCUCAUCAGGUGCGUGGAGGCCCUGGUGGUGUACUGCUGGUCGGGGAAGGAGGAGGAGCCGUACGUCACCAUCACGCGCAAGAGGCGGCUGCGGAGGGGCUAUGAGGUGGAGAUGGAGCAGGAGGUGGGCCACUCGGCUCGCCGGCUGGCCACCCACCGCAACGCCUUCAAGCGCAUGGCCGUCAUCCAGGCCUUCCUGGGCUCCACGCCGCAGCUCACGCUGCAGCUCUACAUCAGCGUCCUCGAGAAGUACGUCCCCCUUGCCCGAGCCAUCCUCAUGGGGAUCUGCCUGGUGUCGGUCACCUACGGGGCGCUUGUAUGCAACGUCCUGGCCAUCCAGAUCAAGUACGACGACUACAAGGUGCAGCUGCGGCCGCUGGCCUUUGUCUGCAUCGUGCUGUGGCGCAGCCUGGAGAUCUCCACCCGCGUGGCCGUCCUUGUGCUCUUCGGCACAGUCUUCAAGCACUGGGUCAUCCCCAUCGCCCUGGCCAACCUGCUGGUGGUCUUCUUCCUGCCCUGGGUGCAGUUCUGGCGCAGCGGCACGCGACUGCCCGACAACAUCGAGAAGAACUUCAGCCGGGUGGGCACGGUGGUGGUGCUCUGCGCCUUCACCCUCCUCUACGCCGGCAUCAACAUGUUCUGCUGGUCCGCCGUGCAGCUCAAGCUGGCCGACCGGGACCUCAUCGACAAGUCGCAGAACUGGGGCCGCCUGGCCGUGUACUACGUUGCCAGGCUGGCGGAGAACACGGCCCUCGUCGUCCUCUGGUACUUCUUCAAGACGGACGUCUACGAGAACAUCUGCACCCCGAUCCUCGUGGUGCAGCUGCUGCUCGGCUACUGCCUGGGCAUCUACUUCAUGCUGCUCUUCUUCCAGUACCUGCACCCCUGCCGCCAGCUCUUCCACCACAACGUCGCUGACUUCCUGCACUGUGUCUGCUGCCGGCGGAGCGCGCCGGGCCGGCCGCUGCCCCUCGAGGCUCCCUGCGAGCCCGGGGUGAGGCACAGCAUCGUGUGAGCCCCGCCGGGCAGCAGCCGCCCCAGGCACCCCGGCUGGGCCGCUCUUCCCACCGGGACGCGGGCCCACGCAGGGACGGCGCUGGGCUCCCGCGGCCCCGCUCGGCGCCUCCUGCGUCUUUGCCGCGAGAGGGAGGGCGGCGGGGCAGCGGGGAGGCUCCCGUUGCAGGGCAGGGCGCGCGGCUGCCUCGCUCCCCUCGCCUCCUGCCACCAGGAAGUUUCCGCCUGAAAAACGCCCCUUUUGUACCAAACUGCUGCGAAGAAGAAAAAAAAGAAAAUAGGGGAAACCCAGCCGCCUGGGGUGACCAGGUCCCGAAGCGUCUCACCCCUGCAGGGCUGGAGAUCCCUGCCCUGCCCGCGGCGGCAGGAGGAAAUCAGCUUUGCUGGAGGCGCGGGAAGCUGGGAGGGCUGCGGGUGCCAGGGAGCAGUCCCUGCCCUCCCGGUGCGGCACUUCCUCCAAGGCCUCCGGGGAAAGCCCCGGCGGGCGGCGGGGCUGCCGCGUCCAUAAAAGCGGCGGGCGGGCAGGUGGCGUGGCGGGGAGGAGCGCGGCGCUGCCGGCAGCAUGGGCAGCUGGCUGGUGAACCACGGGUUUUCGGCCGCCGUGAUCGUAAGUGCCGCGGGCUGCACGGCGGGGCUGCGGGCAGGGGUUUGGCCUUCUGGGACCUGCCGGAGGGGUUUAAGGAGGGGCAGAAGUCUGGCCGGGACUUAAGGACAGUCUCCGCUUCGAUGUGGAGACUCUCGGGGACGGAUCCAGGCUCUGAGCUUUGCGAGAUCCCCUGCCUGGGGCUUGCUGCAGGGAGGAAUAAAAAUCUGUGCUGCUUAACCCAAA